AUGGAAGUUGCUGAUUUUAUGUUUGUACGACAACAGACAUCCAAGUUCACUUGGAAUAUCAGCUUUUGGAAUGUUAGAGGUUUGAACAACCCUCUAAAACAAGACAAAGUGCUACAAAGAGCCCACCACAAUAAAGUUGACGUAUUAUGUUUGUUGGAGACCCGCGUAAAAAAGGAAAAAUCAGUGGGUUUACUGGAAACUAAAUUUGCAAAGUGGAAUGUAUACACAAAUUAUGAAUAUGCACAAAAUGGGAGGAUUUGGAUUCUGUUGAAAAAAGACUUGGACUUCUCAUUAUGCGAUGUUUCUUCUCAAAGCAUUACUGUUAAAGGUUCCUUCCAAGGUGCCACCCUGAUUAUUACAGCAGCUUAUGGCAGCAACGAUGGUAUUUCACGUAGACUUCUAUGGCAUCAACUGCGUGAAAUUGAUAUCAAGUAUGGCCAUCUCCCUUGGAUAGUAGGAGGGGACUUCAACAUCAUUUUGAAGUCCAAUGAAACCUCUGCUCAUGAGUUACUUGGCCCUGUUUCAUCUCCCGAAAUGAAAGAUUUCCAAGAAGUCACGCAGGAACUUGCUUUACAAGACCAUCCUUUCUUUGGUCCAUUGUUUACAUGGAGCCGUUCAGACCAUUGUAUGGCUUUAGUUUUGCUCAACAAAGAGGUAGAAGCAAACAGACCCAAACCAUUCAAAUUCUUCAAUUUCUGGGCUCUUCAUCCUAGCUUCAUACAUGAAGUACAUCAGUCUUGGCAACCAACAAUUCAAGGUAACCCUAUGCAAGUCCUUUUCUCUAAACUAAAACGACUCAAAGGCAGCCUAAAGAGACUUAAUAAAGACUGCUACAGUGACAUCUCAAACCGAUUCCAGCAAAAGAAAAUAGAGUUGGAAAUGCAGCAAUUAUCAACUUUAAGAGGAGACGACACACUCGAGAAGGAGCUUACUCUACAAAAAGAAUUAAAAUCUCUCGAAGAAGCCGAGCUUAUGUUCUUAAAACAAAAGGGUAAAGCCCAAUGGUUAAAGGAGGGAGACAGAUGCACUAAAUUUUUCCACUCCAUCAUCGCAGCUAAAAACAAACGGGAUACAAUCAGAGUGAUUGUUGAUGAUCAAGGAAGAAGGCUUGAAUCCUUUGAUAAUAUGGCCACUGAAGUGAUUAACUACUUCAAGAGCCUUAUUGGCACUGCAGAUCCCUCUGUAACCAAUUGCGACCCUACUCUUCUCAAAGAUCUGCUGCACUACACAUUACCUAUUGGAGCUUCAUCGGAUUUAGUCAAGGGAGUUUCUACCGAGGAGAUUAAAGCAGCAAUCUUCAAUCAAGGUAAUGAUAAGGCUCCUGGCCCAGAUGGUUAUACUCCUUAUUUUUUUAAAAAUGCUGGAAUGUGGUUGGAGACGAUGUAG